UGACGAAAAAAAUCAUUUGUUGUAACUUACGAAUCAAAAUCAUUCAAAAACAAUAAUAAUUUGAACUGUUAAACCACAUGAUACUAAUUCAUAUUUUAGUACUAGAAUGUUGAUUGGUAGAUAUUGUGGUUCACUUCUUUUUUUGUUACUGAGAUAAAACAUAAGUUAAAAAUUCAGAUUAAUCAUGAAAGUAUGUAUUAUUUUGCCAUCUGAUAGUAUUAAAUAUAUUAAUUAUCUUUAAUCACGUUUAAUUAGUAUGCCGUAUAUAUAUAAAAGUUAUAAACUCAUUUCGUCUCCCUUCUUGCGCUCACUUUCCCCAAUUUCACCAAGCAAACUCAAAAGCGAAAGCGCCAAACAUAAAAAAACGAUGCCGUCGGAGGCGGAGAGCUCAGCGAAUUUAUCUCCGGCGACGCCACCGCCGAAUUUCUGGGGAGACAUGCCGGAGGAAGAGUACUACACCUCCCAAGGAGUGCGUAACAGCAAAUCCUACUUCGAAACACCCAACGGCAAGCUCUUCACGCAGAGCUUUCUUCCGUUGGAUGGCGAAAUCAAAGGGACGGUGUACAUGUCUCACGGGUACGGAUCCGAUACGAGCUGGAUGUUCCAGAAGAUCUGUAUCAGCUUCUCCACUUGGGGUUAUGCCGUUUUCGCCGCCGAUCUUCUCGGUCACGGCCGCUCCGACGGAAUCCGCUGCUACAUGGGUGAUAUGGAGAAAGUUGCAGCAACAUCAUUGUCUUUCUUCAAGCACGUUCGUUGCAGCGAUCCGUAUAAGCAUCUCCCUGCUUUCCUCUUUGGUGAAUCCAUGGGAGGUCUCGUCACGCUUCUCAUGUAUUUUCAAUCCGAGCCUGAGACUUGGACCGGUUUGAUCUUCUCGGCUCCUCUCUUUGUUAUCCCUGAGGAUAUGCAACCAAGCAAGGCUCAUCUUUUUGCCUACGGUCUCCUCUUUGGCUUGGCUGACACGUGGGCUGCAAUGCCUGAUAAUAAGAUGGUUGGCAAAGCUAUCAAAGACCCAGCAAAGCUCAAGAUCAUCGCAUCUAACCCUCAAAGAUACACAGGGAAGCCUAGAGUUGGAACAAUGAGAGAGUUACUGAGGAAGACACAAUACGUGCAGGAGAAUUUCGAGAGAGUAAGUAUUCCGGUGUUGACGGUGCACGGGACAGCAGAUGGGGUAACGUGUCCUACAUCGUCGAAGCUACUAUACGAAAAGGCAUCAAGCGCUGAUAAAACACUGAAGCUGUACGAAGGAAUGUACCAUUCCUUGAUUCAAGGAGAGCCUGAUGAGAACGCUGAGAUCGUGUUGAAGGAUAUGAGAGAGUGGAUCGAUGAAAGGGUUAAGAGGUAUGGAUCUAAUUAACAUUUGUGAAGAGAGAUGUACAUUGAUACUAUGAUCCGUAUCGUCGAAUUUCGACUUGUUUUGUUGUUUGUGUUAAUCCAAGAACAUGACUCUGUUUUAUCAAUAUAAAGUUAAACUUGUUUAAUGAGCAUGAAAACAAAUUUAAAGGUAGAAUCUUUAUGUUCACAUUUUUGGCUUUGUGGUUAUCGUUGCAAAAGCGACAUGCGCACCGUAUUAUUAAUUGAAACGGGACCAUACAAUACUGUGUUGUGUUGUGUAAGUGUUAUACUUCAUCUUCAAAUGAGAAGAUGAUUGAUGACAUUUGUCUGUUUUCAGACUCUGUUUUUAUCCACACGUACGUUGUUGAUUGUCCUAAGAGAAUAUUAAGGACACGUCCAUGUUCCCACAUUUGUAAGUAAUCGUUUUGUAAAACUUUUUUGUACGUUCUCUUCCAAAUAUCUUUUUUGGAAUCG